AUGCCGGCUCUUACCCUCUUCGAACUGGCCCGUCAGCGGCUUAUCAAGAACAUCGACAUGCUCCGCGACGUUGGCGAUUUGCCCUACUCCUUCCUCCAGCCUGUUCUCCGAUUCGUACGAAGCCCCGAUCAGCUUAUCGAGCUCGAGUCCAACUGCCCUCAGCUACUCGGAGAGACAGGCGAAAUCUGGCUCCGCUUCAUAAAACGAGACAUACCAGACUGGGAGAAGAAGCCACAUGAACCGCGUGACCCUCAGAACUGGAGUAAAGUUUACCGUAAGCUGAAAAAGGAUGCCGAGCGUGAGAAACAGGCCGAUGAAGAGGCGCUGAAGCAGCAUAUGAAGGCGAUACAAAAGGAUCGCGCACAAAACAAGACUCUUAUCGUGGACAGCAGGAUUGGGUAUGGUUCUGGAGGUAGCAGGAUGUUCACGGGGCGAACUACGACAAGUUGGGGUCAGCCUUCUGGUGCGCCUGCGAAGACAGGCAAAGCCGCUUUCGAUAAGCUGAAACGAGGCAUGUUCGACCACGGACGUGAACGGCCAAAAGCCAGUCAGAUACCCGCGCAUCUUCUGGCCCAAAGAAAGAGGCCUAUUCAGCAAGCUCCAGCGCGUAUGGUCCGAAUGGCUGAGAGCGAGGCUCCUCGGAGUAUGGUUUUGUCCAAACAGGCCUCUACAUCCAUGGCGAACAGACCGGAGCCUACACCCUCUACAAGCCGUCCAAAUAUCACACAGCGACCAGCGCCCCAACAGCGCAACCCGCCACCACCAUCACGAACCUCACUACCUGCAGGGCAGCAGUUCAGCGCGCCGAAACCAAGACCAGCAAGCGGAGGCGUAGCCCCUGCGCCAAAGAGAAAGAAGGAGGAAUACAGCAUGUUUCAUACAAAGAAGAGGAAAGUUUGA